AUGGCGCCCAUACGCCGGUAUUUGAGAAUCACAAAAUACUCUGUCCUCGAAUGCAGGAUAUACUUGGACAACCCGGCACUGGCACAGUCAUGGCUUCUGAAUCCGCGAAAUCCAAUUCUCCCACAGGUCAUCGAAGCCAUCCGGCCGCUGGUGAUACCGAAGCUACGUGAAGAGAAAGAAAGAAGUAGGAAAAAGAGCGCCAAGAAGAAGACAAUCAAAGAUGUCAUCGUAAAGGAUGACUUUGAGAUAUCCAUGUUCCUGAUGGAAACCAGCACGCGCCACUCUCUACUUUCAAAACACAAAGUCUUCCACGAUAAAGGCCAGUCUACAAUCCAAUCCAACGCAUCCAAGCUCAUAGCGGAAACGAAUUCCAGUCCUAUCGACGUCGACGCCAGUGAUUUCGCACCAAUCCGCAUCGAAGAGGACAGCGACAACGAGGGCAUCGCGCUCAGUGACAUUCCAUCCGCCAACACUCGCCGGCAAGCAAAACGCCCACGGAGCAACACCAUCGAAGACGACGACGAAGAUGAUUUGUUUGUAAAUUCUGACGACGACAACGGCGAUGAAGACGACGCCUCGGUUAUCGAUGUGGACUCGGACAGUCGCCGGCCAAAACGCCUCAGGGGCCCUGUGAAACUGCCCGCUUCAGAGUCCGAGGGGCAGUUCCACGACGACUACAAGAAGAAGCUCGCAAUGGACGUGUCAUAUGAAGGGUUCGCGAUUUACGGCCGCGUGCUCUGUUUGAUCGUCAAGAAGAAGGACGCCAAGAAGACGGCGCAGCAGAACCUCGGGGGCCAGGCCAAGAUGGAGAACUGGAUCACGUCAACUCAGAUUCCGGUCGGCGAGGAUGCUACAUGA